AUGGUAUUCGUUACGCUCAAGUAUAUUAUCAUUGGAGACUCGGAGGUGGGUAAGUCGUCGCUGCUGUUGCAAUUCACUGAGCAGCAUUUCCAGCCCAUUCACGACUUGACCAUUGGCGUCGAGUUUGGAGCUAAACUACUGGAAGUAGACGGCCGCAAAGUAAAACUAGAAAUUUGGGACACAGCAGGGCAAGAAACUUUUCUAUCCAUUACUCGGAGCUAUUAUCGGGGAGCAGAUGGUGCAUUACUCGUGUACGACGUGAGUCGGAAAGAGAGUUUCGACCACUUGGGCCGUUGGCUGCAAGAAUGUCAUCAGAAUUGCCACAAUGACGAAGUGGAAAUCAUGGUCGUGGGUAUGAAGUGUGAUGUUGAAGACCAGAAGCGAGAGGUCACGGAGGAGGACGGACGCAGUUGGGCCGCUGCUCAUGGACUCUAUUUCAUUGAGGCCUCAGCCAAGACGGCGCUCAACGUGGAGCAGGCCUUUGCACUGACAGCUACGACGAUUCUGCGGAACUUUGACUACUCAAAUCACCAGGUCCGCAAGUUGCCGGGUCCCAGUCGAGUGUCUAUAGAUGUUGCUGUGGACCAACCACAGACAAAGUCUGAGUGUUGCGGAGGUGGGUAG